AUGAGGCUGCGCAGACUCGUACGCUAUGCUCGCGUUACUCAGGCUGCGAAGCUGCCUAUAGCCUACAACCUCAAACACUACCAAUAUCAAAGUCUACCGUCGCCCACUUGCAUACGUCUGUUGGAGCUCUUACCAACUGCAAGCAAUGGCGUCAUACGUUGUUCCCUGAAGACGACUGAGCUGGAGGACGCACCUUCCUUUAAAGCCCUUUCUUACACAUGGGGAAGCUCGCGUACCUCCAUUCCACCAACAUCAACACAUGGAGGGACGGGUCCAAAGUCUCUGUUGACUACAAGAGUGAACUCGGCCCGUCAACACACCAUCAUCUGCGAUGAUCGCUUUGUCAAGGUCAAUAGCAAUCUUUGGGAUGCACUUCUCAUGCUCAGCAAUGCAGUCAACAUGCCACACAUGCCGAAAACACCCACCUACUACUGGAUAGACUUUUUGUGUGUGAACCAGACAAACAUUGAAGAAAGAAAUGUGCAAGUCGCCAGCAUGGCCGACGUGUUCAAAAAAGCAGAUGGUGUUGUAGUCUGGUUAGGCAAAGAGGACCAAUACACACAAGACGCUCUUACCACGAUGCAGAGGAUAUCGUCGACUCCUGAGGAAAAAUGGUCGCUAGUGCCGUACACCUCAUUUUAUAAUCCAGAAGAGAGUCCGUUGGUCUUUGCUACUAGGCUCACCUUCUAUAACUGGCUAGGUUUCAUAGUCCUCAUUAAUCGCCCAUGGUUCAAGAGGGCCUGGGUCAUUCAAGAAAUCGCGCUUGGCAAGACAGCCCUGGUGGUUUGUGGUAGCAAGGUAUUUCCCUGGGAACUUCUAUCCAAAACACUGUCUUUUGUCAAGAUUACGCGAUGGUAUCAUCAUCUGCGUUCAGAGAAGCUGAGGCACGUGAAAGAGUUGCGGAAUCAGCCCGGUAUCUAUAGGCAAGUCCUUAAGUCGAAACUGGAAGUCGGAAUCAGCCCUCUGAAUCUUAAUUCCACUCGACUGUCCACAUCGCUAUUGGCCGAGACGAACAGCCAGAUGGCUAAUCACUCAUCUCUUCGAAACCUCCUAGACAAGCAUCGCUUUGCCGAAUCCUCAGAUCCAAGGGAUAAGGUCUAUGCUUUCCUCGGCCUUGCCAAUAAGAGCCUAUCACCCUUCCGUACGCAGCCAAAUGUGCUUAUUCCAGACUAUAAUCUCAGUGUGCAAGAAGUCUACACCGAAACCGCAACCGUUCUUAUGUCUUCCUAUAAGAAUCUUUCCUGGCUAUCGCACGUGGAAGACGCUUCACAAAGACAGAUAUCCAAUCUACCGUCCUGGGUGCCUGACCUUAGUGUAUCGCUCCAACCAUAUCCGCUCCGCUACCGUGGUCCCGCACAUUGGGCAGCUGCUGGUAGCCACCAUUGGCGUCCAGCUAUAACAAACAUGAGGAAGGGAUUACUUCGGGUCCAAGGGAUACAAUUAGACCAUAUUGAUCAGACUUCACUACUUAUCGACGAAUCAGAAGAUCCUUCUGCAGGAUGGGCAAGCAUCGUGCAUCUAGCUCUUUCUCUUGACUCUCCUUAUCCAGACCCCAGUGCCACUGGCAAGACACCAUCGCGUGUCGAGGUACUAUGGCGGACACUGACUACCGACAUCUACAACCACACAUACCCAUCUCCACCGGAAACGGGCUUGCUGUUCAUCGACUACAUUCUCAACCUCCAAAUCAGACAUCGCUUGACACCAUGGUCCAGCGCUGAUGAAUUCCAACCCCAUCAUUCUCCACUAUCAGAUUUCAUAUAUCCUGAUUGGCGCAAGCUCUUCGAGCUUGAACCUCCAGACUCACAAUACAGACUGAGCUCGUAUACUAAGCGCUUAACUACGGUCGUGGAGAGUAUGUUCAAUGGCACGUACUCGCCAAUCGGACUCGCACAGCUGCAACACGAGCUUGAUCAGAGUGGAGGCCGGCAGCGGAGACUCUUCAAGACACGCCGAGGCUUUAUGGGCACUGGAGCGAGAUCGUUGCGUGUAGGCGAUGAGGUCUGGGUGUUGUACCGUGGUGGUCUUCCUUUUGUGUUGCGGCCUUUGCCCAAUGGUCAUUAUCGUCUUGUAGGAGAGUCGUUUGUGUAUGGGGUCAUGCACGGUGAGGCGCUGAAGAUGGGUCUUUUGCGUGGGGAUAUUGUCCUCGAGUAG